AUUGCAUCGAUUGGAAUGAUAGAUGUUUUAUUGGGAAUUCAUUCAUACAACUUUUUUUUUAUAUUGUAUGUACUUUCCAGUGUUUCUGCUCAUUGGUACUGAUGCACAUGAUAAAUAGCAGAAUCAUUACUCUAUAGAACACACGAAUCGAUAAAAAAAAACAAAGAGCAGGCAGCCAUAUUGUGCAUAGGUGUCCAAUUAUAUACUCAAGCUAUGAAUACGAUUGUCAAUUGAACAUCAAUGCAUUCCAAUUUGAUCAUAAUGGUCAGAUUACUUGUUAGUUAAUGAAUGAAUCAAUCCUUUUGUAUCCAAUAAAAUUAAAAAACGUUCAAUUGUAUCAAGCUUGUACAUUGCAUAAUUACAGCCGUACACAUGCAUAUAGUGAUAAUUAAUUUUCGUUUCAAGCUCAAAUGUUUAUUGAUUAUGAUGGACUGAAUGUUGAACAAAUGAUUGUAAAUAAAUACAUCAACAUUGAGAUUAAUUUUAGAUUCGAGUAUGUCGUGUGUAUGUCGAGAAUAGCAUGUCAUGUAUAUCCAUUAUUCUUGUGCCUGUUUUUUUUUUUUUUUUUAUUCAUGAAUAGCGCAAGCGAAACUUUCAUUUUUGCAAGUCUUAUAUAGACAAACUAGCCUGCUAACCACAUUCCUUUCUGUUUGGACCUCUACUAUUAUGAACGAACCUUUCCGAUUCGAUGACAAUGUUCAAACAAAAAAAAAUCGAGGAACUACCAAACAAAUAAUAGUGUAUCUAAACCAGUGACAAUCCAGAAUUCAAGCACAACAGUCAUACACUUAAUCAUAGAAUGAUUAUUGCAUUUUCAAAAUCGAUUGUGAUAGUUUCAUCGUCAUUUUGUGAAUAUCAAAUUCAAACUUAUUUUACUCUAUGAUUCGAACAAUACAAUCAAUCUUAUCUAUGAAUCCAUACAUACAUUCUUCAUUGAUUCCAGAAUCAAAUAUUGGCCAACAUCUUCAAGAUCUUUCCGAUGUAUCAAUUCAAGACAAUGAACAUCGGAUAUUGCCUAUUAGUAAACAGAUUAGAAGGCCAUCAACGUCGUGUCAUCGACAAUUACCAUCAUUACCUCAUCACUAUCAUCAUCAUCAACGAUCAACACCAACUCCGUCGCCACCGACAUUGAUGGUAACCAAUAGUGGAUGUAUGGUCGACAAUCUUUGCGGUGUCACAUCAUCAAUGGCAAUGAUGACUGAGAGGCCUACAAUUGCAGUCGAUUCUCAAGAUAUGGAUCCUUAUUUGAAUGAUAAUGACAACUAUUAUCAAUGUUAUGAACAAAAACUUGGUCUUUCAUAUUUUCGCCAAAGGGCAUCAUUCAAUAGUGAUCAAUGUCUAAUGAUGAUACCUUUCGAUCAACGGAAUGUUUCACCCGAUGGAUCAGAUGAAUUAAUCGUUGUUCCACGACGACAUAGUAGUGCAAUGACAACUGUUUCAACAUCACCGUUUCGUAUAUCUAAUCGUAUACAUUGUACCAGAGAUCUAUCACCACGAUCAAAGACCAAUAAUAAUAAUAAUAAUAAACAUAGUCUUUCUCUGAAUGAUGUUGGUAUCCAUCGUCGACCAAGUAUGCCAUCAACCUUUCAUAUCCUCCCGGUAAAUGAUGGAAGACGACGGCAAUCACAUCAACAUUCGAACAAUUUAAUCACUACGACAACAGGUUGUUCGUCAAUCACAACCACUACGUUAUCCUCGCCAUGUUUAUCACCACCCGUUGGUUCAAGACAGAAAAGUCAUAACCAUAUGCAAUUGUUGAUGUCACAUGAUGCACUGCCACUAUUAUCACCUUCAGAAACUAUGAUAAAUCGGAUAACGAACGAAACCUUUAAUCCGGAAUCAAUAAAAGUAGAACAAGUGAUUAAUGAACAUCAACAACUAGGCGAACAGAAUAAUGAUGAAAUUGAUCUAAAUGAUCCAAAUCUGCCAGCAACGAGUAUUAACAUCGAUCGACAUAAUUUGUUACAGAUACCGAGCAUUGGUCAUGAAUCUGUUGAUCCGAACGAAAGUCCUGAUCAAUUAUCCGAAUACUGGCCUGAUGAAACCUGGCUUUCACAGGGUCAUCAUCAUUUACCUGUUCGUCGACAUAGAUCAUUGCCUGCAACAUCUUUUACAUCCACUCCAUCGUUUGGAAUAUCAGUACGAGCUAAUCAACAGCGGAGUUCUUCUUUUCGUGUUAGGAGUAACAAUCGUCUGAUUCAUCAGGAACCAAACGGCCGUUGGAGAAUCAAAGUGAAAAAGAGCAAACCAUUUCUUGGUAUUGCUAUUGAAGGUGGAUCAAAUGUAUCGGCUCAAUCACAACCAAGGAUUAUCAAUAUUCAGGAAGGUGGUGCAGCAGCGGAAAACCUACAUGUUGGUCAUAUUAUCCUAGAGGUGGAUGGUCAUUCAACUCAAUUGAUGAACCAUGCUCAAGUGGCACAAAUGAUCGCUCAUGCUUAUUAUAAUACACCAGAAAAAGAUUAUGUGGAAUUUCUUGUGCGAGAAAAAUCUAGAAAUGAAUUUGAUCUUCGACGAUCUUCAUUCAUGUUACUCAACAAUAGUUUCGAAUAAUCUACACGACUGCAAAUAUUCGAAUAUGUAAUUGUCGAACAUGGAAUCCAUAAAUUCGAAUUAACUGCAACCAUGGUGAACUUAACUCAAUGGGCUUAUGUUUAAAAAAAAGUAUGGCCCAAUGGAUGAUCGUUUCCAAACAACAGAUUUCCACCAUUUUGCUUUUUAUGUACAAUAUACGAUUCAUUCAAUAAAUGAUUAUUGUAUAGCAUUCAAAAAAAGAACGAUCAAUUUCAUUUGAAAUUGAAAUUUUGGUCCGUUAUACGAUUGAGGAUUGAUUCAAUCUGUCAUUCCGUUUUGGCCGUGACAACAUCCAUUGUUGACAAUUGUCCAUCAUGUUUUUUUUGAUUAUCAUGGAUUUUUUUCGUUCGAAUAAACUAUACAGGAGAACAAAAAAAAAUGAUUGAAAAAACUUUUCAUGUUUUUCAAUUACUUUUACAGUCAUCAUCAUGUCAAUAUAUCAUUGUUACAAAUAUGUUCAUUGAGAAAAAAUAA